UUGGCACCUCUCUUCGCCAGAAUGACAACUCAUAUCGCCUCCCAGCGCUUCAACGCCGCUGAGGCUUUGUCCUUCUACAACGAAUUCCUGUCUCGAUUGCCAGACGACUUGCUUGCGCAUCCUCUGACUCUGUCUGCAGGCUUUGAGCCCUUGUGCAACCCGGAUGUCUACUGGUCUCUUCUCUCACCAGAAGAUCGUGGGCGGUGGCACGCUUUUCGAGUCCCUCCCAGACCCUGGAGCCAUUGGGUGUUAGGCUGGAUAGCGGAGACGGACCUGGGGUGGAAGAUCCUGCGAGCUGUGCGUCGGAUGUUGAAUCUCUAG